AUGGCUCGUCUGUCAACCUCAUCAACAAUCGCGGCAAGCGGCCACGCUACUGCAUCGGCAAGUACGGAAGGCACGCCCGCUACCCAAGCGCAAGAAGCUUCGACAACGCCUAUCAAACAUAAAGAUGAAGACGAUUACGAGGGUCCAACCUUCGACUGGGACCUCCUCAAGCGACGCUACUCAUCCAUGAUGGCGCCAGUCCCGUUCGAUGUCACUCUCCUACCAAAAGGAAGCCGCAGCUUGACGGCAAUCAGCUCUCAAGCAUUCGGCUGCGGAUUCAUGCUGGCGGCCAGUCUUCUGCUUAUCCACAAACUCGCACUGGAGAAGCACGAUACGAUCUGGAGACUACCCGCCUUCUUCAGUUGUCUGGCAUUCUUCCACUUCCUCGAGUUCUACAUUACAGCUCGCUACAACAUCCCCGCCACUCGAGCCAACAGUUUCCUUCUCAACAAUGGCGUGGCGUACAAUGUCGCCCACACAUGCGCCGCACUGGAGAUUAUCGCGUCUCGCUACUUUCUCCCAUCAUGGUAUGGCCAGCUCUUUGUCUGGACACCGUACACGAUCGUGCUUGCCAUGGGCAUGAUCGUCGUUGGGCAGAUUGUGAGGAGUGUGGCGAUGGCUCAAGCGGGCACCAACUUCAAUCAUACGCCAGUACAGAAACGAGAGGAAGGACAUGUACUUGUGACACAUGGCAUGUACAGGUUCAGCCGCCACCCUAGCUACUUUGGCUUCUUCUGGUGGACGCUGGGCACGCAAGUGCUGGUGGGAAAUAAAGUAUGCUUCUUGGGGUAUGCUUAUGUGUUGUGGACGUUCUUCAGUCGACGUAUCAGAGCCGAAGAACGAACACUCAUACAAUUCUUCGGUGAUGACUACAGGGCAUACAAGAAGCGGGUCGGCACCCUAAUACCCUUCGUCAAGUAG